AUGCCCAAGUCCACAGAUUACCGCGAGUUACUCAAUCAAUUUUUUUUAUCGAGCUACAAAUCCGUUCAUCGUGACUUUUUGGCUGACCUAGAAGAAGAUGACAAUUUGCGCGCACUCAAAAAUCAAUUUAUUCCAAAUCAUGAGCGCGAACUGACUUAUGCGAUAUCAGUCAACGCUUGCGGAAUGAUUUGCAAUUCAAAGCUCGUAAAGAGAAGAGACCCGAGAUUUGUUAAAGAACAUCCAACCAAAGCCAAAUUAGAACGAAAUUAUUAUAAUAAAAACAUCAAUUGUGACUGGGCGCAAAAUGUCCAUGUGCCUGAUUCGGGUCAACAGAUUGGCAAGGUGUAUUAUCUUAGCGCUCACAAGUACAUUUAUUUGAUACAAACUGCAGAGUUGAUGACUACACGACCUGUUGAUAACAAGAUUUCAGACACUAUGGAAAAUAAACGUAUUGUCGAAAAACCCCGAGAUCCGGAAAGCUAUGUUGAAAUCAGAGGUAAAAAAGACAAAAGCCAAGAAUUAGCCUGCUUACAAAAAGACUUAGCCGCUAAAGAGCAAGAAGUUAGCAACUAUGGCCGUAAUGGCAUUGACGAUAGUAUUAGUUCUGAGGCAAUUCAAACGUAG